ACUGUUCUCGCAGGAAAAAAGCAAGCCGAAGAGAACGUACGAGGGGGGGCGAAUAGUUUCUUUCAAGAAGUGGGUUGAUCGGCAAUUCUCCAUUUUUAUAGAAAAAUAAUCUGCGGUUGAGAUUUCCAGUCGUUCCUACAACAUGGCGUCUGUGGAUUUGGAGAAGCUACGAAUGACGGGGGCUGGUAAAGCCAUCGCCGUGCUGACAAGUGGAGGAGAUGCGCAAGGAAUGAAUGCAGCAGUCCGGGCAGUGACUCGGAUGGGCAUAUAUGUGGGAGCCAAAGUCUAUCUCAUCUAUGAGGGUUACCAAGGGCUGGUGGAUGGAGGUGACAACAUCAAGCUUGCCAACUGGCAGAGUGUGACCAACAUCAUCCAGCUGGGCGGUACGGUGAUUGGCAGCGCCCGCUGCAAGGUGUUCACCACGCGCGAGGGCCGUCUGGCAGCCGCCUUCAACCUGGUCCAGCGCGGCAUCACCAACCUGUGCGUGUGCGGCGGGGACGGCAGCCUGACCGGGGCCAACAUCUUCCGCAGCGAGUGGAGCGGCCUGCUGGCCGAACUCGUCAAGGAAGGCAGGAUCACAAAUUAUCUGGCUCAACAGCACACACAUCUGAACAUCGUUGGCCUGGUGGGCUCUAUUGACAAUGACUUCUGCGGCACGGACAUGACCAUUGGUGCAGACUCUGCCCUCCACCGGAUCAUGGAGAUCACUGACGCCAUUACCACCACUGCCCAGAGUCACCAGCGUACGUUUGUUCUGGAGGUCAUGGGUCGACACUGCGGGUAUCUGGCUGUAGUGUCAGCACUGGCUUCGGGGGCUGACUGGCUCUUCAUCCCGGAGGCCCCUCCUGAGGAGGGAUGGGAGGACCACAUGUGUGCCCGUCUCGGGGAGAGUCGUAGUAAGGGCUCCAGACUUAACAUCGUCAUCAUCGCAGAGGGAGCCAUCGAGAAGAGUGGCAAGCCCAUCACAUCCAACUACGUGAAGGAUUUGGUGGUAAAGCGGCUCGGGUACGAUACGCGUGUGACAGUGCUGGGUCACGUGCAGAGGGGUGGCACCCCCUCUGCCUUUGACAGGGUUUUGAGCAGUAAAAUGGGUGUGGAGGCGGUUGUAGCUCUACUGGAGGCUACACCUGAGACCCCAGCUUGUGUCAUUGGACUUUCAGGCAACCAAGCCAUGCGCUUGCCUCUCAUGGAGUGUGUGCAGAUGACUAAGGAGGUGCAGAAGGCGAUGAAUGAGCAACGAUUUGAAGAAGCCAUCCAGCUCCGUGGGAAGAGCUUUGAGAAUAACUGGAACACAUACAAACUGCUGGCCCAUCAGAAACCUGCUCAGUCUAAGAGCAACUUCUCCAUGGCGAUUCUGAACGUGGGCGCUCCCGCUGCAGGCAUGAACGCGGCAGUGCGGUCGGCGGUGAGGGUGGGGCUCGCUCAGGGUCACAAGGUCUACACCAUUAACGAUGGCUUUGAGGGCCUGGCCAGUGGGGCGGUGACGGAGGCGAAUUGGCAUGACGUGGGAGGCUGGACUGGGCAAGGCGGCUCACUGCUGGGGACAAAACGAACUCUUCCUAAAUCCUGCUUGGAAAAAAUAGUGGACAGCAUCAGCAAAUAUGGAAUCCAGUCUCUGUUGGUGGUUGGAGGGUUUGAGGCCUACGAGGGAGUGCUGCAGCUGGUUGAAGCCCGUGGUCACUACGACGAGCUUUGCAUCCCCAUGUGCAUCAUCCCCGCCACCAUCAGCAACAACGUCCCCGGCACUGACUUCAGCCUGGGCGCAGACACUGCAGUCAACGCCGCCAUGGAGAGCUGUGACAAGAUCAAGCAGUCUGCCUCAGGAACCAAGAGACGCGUGUUCGUGGUGGAGACGAUGGGGGGGUACUGCGGCUACCUGGCCACCACCACGGGCAUCGCAGUGGGAGCUGACGCCGCAUACAUCUUCGAGGAACCCUUCAACAUUCAUGACCUGAAGACAAAUGUGGAGCACCUUACAGAGAAGAUGAAGAAUGACAUUCAGAGAGGACUGGUGCUGAGGAAUGAGAAAUCCAAUAAGCACUACACCACUGAAUUCAUCCACAACCUGUACUCGGCUGAGGGCAAGGGCAUUUUCGACUGCAGAAUGAACGUGCUCGGGCACCUGCAGCAGGGAGGGGCCCCCACACCUUUCGACAGAAAUUACGGCACCAAGCUCGGAGUGAAGGCCGUGCUGUGGAUCACUGAGAAGAUGAGUGAGGCUUACAGACAGGGGCGUGUAUUCGCCAACUCCCCGGCCACGGCCUGUGUGAUCGGCAUGACCAGGAAAGUGCUGUCCUUCAACCCUGUGACGGAACUGAAGUCUCAAACGGACUUUGAACACCGCAUGCCGAAGGAGCAGUGGUGGCUGAACCUACGCAUGAUGCUGAAGAUGCUGGCCAAAUACCAGACCAGCUUCGAGUACAUCCCUGGAGAGAUAGAGCACGUGACCCUCCGGAGUCUCAGCAUUGAGACUGGCUUCUGAGGGAUCUGGCCAAGCCGGACGCCCUCCCAUUCUGCCCCGUCCCACCCCUCUACCGGGGGGGAAAGUGCCCCUGUGCCUAAUCCUAUUGAACCUCAAAUAGCUUUAACCUUUAGACCGUCAUCCUACAGAUUCUACUGCCGUUUUGCAUUUUUUUUUGCAACACUAACCGAAUUAUUUAGCUCCAAAUGACUUUUUUUGGAAAAAGUCAUGUCUUUGUGAAUUAGAGGGAUUGGCUUGUGAAAUAAUGGCAAGUAUCUUUUAGGAUAGCGGAGAAUCUAUGGAAAAGGUGUGGUUCAGCAUUAGGCCUUUGGUACCUUUGUUUCUAUAGGGUAAAUUGUGAUUAUGUCUUCACUAAGAUUAUGCAUUGAUUUCUGUAGUCAGUAGUGUUGUGUCGUGCCUUUGCCAUUUAAUUGUUGAACUGGAAGGUCCAAUAUAUCUCAGUGCUGCUUUCUAACUUAAUAACUUCCAUGACUGGAUCAGGACACACAAACAGAAGCUGUGCUAGUUAAAUACAACAUGACCGUAACUUCUCUGUGCUUGAAAUAGUCAUUUUUUUAAACUGUGUUCAGAUUAUCUUUUUAUCCUGAUGUCUGAAGUAAACUUAGACCAUAAAAUAUCAGUUUGUACUGGUGAUUAAUUCCUUUACUUUCCUCCUGUACUGUACUUUGGAGAGUACAGAUGUUUAGUCCACAUCCAGUUGUUCUAGAUUAGAGUACUUGGACUAUUUAUCUUCUAAUUCCUUAUUGUAUCAGAAAAAUGUAAAAUGACAUGUUAAAUGGACAUUUCUUUUCUAUUGUAAGCGGUGCAUGUGAUCCAAAUCGGUACAGUUCAUGAGCUGUCACUACCAAGUAUACUUUAUUAAGGAAGAGCCCAUUAGAGAUGAUUUGGGUUGUCCAUGACAGCCUUUUUUGGGGGGAUCAACACAUUCCUUUGAUGUGCAGUUAUGUGCAGUGAAUUAUGAUUGACCUAUCAAGCUUUUAAAAUCACCGUCAUUUACAGCUCAGAUUUUCAUAAUCAUUCAUGUGUGUGUAAUAAUUUGCUUUGGAUAAUUAAUUAAAAUGUGUAGUGAAUCCUGGACACUCAAUCUACUGUCGGCUAACAACUGGCCAAAAUCCAUGUGUAUGCAAUUGUUUGUGGUAUUGCUUUUUCCUAUUUGUCCCAAUUCUCUUUUGCAGUUGUGUAGUUGCACCUCCAGACAUUUUUAUUCCAUGCUAAAUAUUUUAUAUGUGUGCAAGCCAAACCAAUACUGCUUUGCAUAACAUGAUCAAAACCCUUUCAUGUCCUACUAUAUAACAUGAUCAAAACCAUGGCAUGUCCAACUAUAUAUCAUUAGUUUGACACACUAUUGCUUGUCAUAAAAAGUAAAACCAUGCAAAGUAGUUUUAUUUGUAUUUCAAGAAUAUAUCAGAACUGUAUUGUCUGUAUUUGAAAAUGUAAUGUGCUACACAAUGUCCAUCUAUGAUGUUGAUGCAACAUAAUCCUAGCACAGCUAAAGCACCCACUUGAACAACUUCCUACAUGUUCCUACAUGUUCAUCAGAACUGGCUGCUGUAAUUGCAGUAAACACCUGACAAGUCGCAAUAUGUUAGCACUUAUUAAGUGUGGUGUGCCUCUGAUAUAGUUCCUCAGCCAUCAUCAUAUUAUAGUCAAGAGAGAGAAAGUUAAAGAACCUGUUCCAACAGUAGCUUGAUCACUCCAUCAGAUAGAUCUGUGUCUGGAUGCCAAUCCCUUGCUUAUAUAAAGAGAACUUCUCUAUCCUCUA